AUGGCUAGAUACUAUUGCGAGUACUGUCACUCGUACCUGACACACGACACUUUGAGCGUGAGAAAAUCGCAUGUUAUCGGUAAGAAUCACUUGCGAAUCGUUGGGAACUACUACCGAAACAAGGCCAAACAGGAGGAAACGGAGCGCGUGCAGCCCAGGAAGAGGCAGAAUAGGAACCCCAAGACGACAAAAAAUGCUGGCAUCAAGCAGCCGAUUCACUGUCCCACCAACAGAGAGAAGAGAAGACUGAACAGAAUCGCAAGGUACCAUCGAAAAGAGCUACAAACCGUUGGUGAAGAAUCACUCUUACAGAAGGUGUACGAUGGAUCUCCCGGAUAUUCUAAGAUCUUUAUUGAUGGCAACCGACUCGAUAUCGGGGACCUGGUGCGGACUUCUCGCCUCCCGCAACGUGCAAACGCGAGCGAACCGCAGAACAAUGCGCCUACAAGAACGAGAAACGAAGUGUUCACCCCAUCACGGCAAAGCUUCACUCUCGAACCGCCAAGAAUCCUCACCCAGUGGCAGUCCACUGUCCCCAAGCAGUCACUGUACCACGAAGAGCGCCUGCUCAACACCGUGAUCGACGAGUCCAGGAAAAGAAUGCAAACUCCAGUCAUCUCGCAUGCCAGGAAAAGAAAAAAUUGA